CCUAUAUCCGCGUCAGAGUCAGCUGACAGAGAGGCUCUUUGAAACGGUCGACAUCUUGAAUUGGAAUAAGAAAGUGAAAUAAUACAAAACCUUGAUCUUAACCAUACUGUUUAAAAAGUAUUGCUUUCAGGACAAGUAGCAAAGUCUUGUGAUCUAAACGGGCCUGUGCAUCUUCAGUCAUCCUCAUGGCCUGUUAUGACUGAGAGGCUGCCAUCAUGAUUGGAGGAUUGUUCAUCUACAACCACAAGGGGGAAGUGCUGAUCUCCCGCGUCUACCGCGAUGACAUAGGGCGCAACGCGGUGGAUGCGUUCCGCGUGAACGUGAUCCAUGCACGGCAGCAGGUGCGCUCGCCGGUCACCAACAUCGCCCGCACCAGUUUCUUCCACGUCAAGCGCUCCAACAUCUGGCUGGCGGCGGUCACCAAGCAGAAUGUCAACGCCGCCAUGGUGUUCGAGUUCCUCUACAAGAUGUGCGACGUCAUGACAGCCUACUUCGGCAAGAUCAGCGAGGAGAACAUCAAGAACAACUUUGUGCUGAUCUACGAGCUGCUGGACGAGAUCCUGGACUUUGGCUACCCCCAGAACUCGGAGACUGGCGCACUGAAGACCUUCAUCACUCAAACGGGCAUCAAGAGCCAGUCCAAGGAGGAGCAGUCUCAGAUCACCAGUCAGGUGACUGGGCAGAUCGGCUGGCGUCGCGAGGGCAUCAAGUACCGUCGCAACGAGCUCUUCCUGGAUGUGCUGGAGAGCGUCAACCUGCUGAUGUCCCCACAAGGCCAGGUGCUGAGCGCCCACGUCUCAGGCCGCGUGGUGAUGAAAAGCUACCUGAGCGGCAUGCCGGAGUGCAAAUUUGGCAUGAACGACAAGAUCGUCAUCGACAAACAGGGCAAGGGGGGCGCCUCCGAGGAGGCGGCGGGCAAAAGUGAUUUGGGGGGCAGUGGCGGUGGUGGCGGUAAGCAAUCCAUAGCCAUUGACGACUGUACAUUCCACCAGUGUGUGCGUCUCAGCAAGUUUGACGCUGAGCGCAGCAUCAGCUUCAUUCCUCCGGACGGAGAGUGUGAGCUCAUGAGGUACCGCACCACCAAGGACAUCAUCCUACCCUUCCGUGUCAUCCCCCUUGUCAGGGAGGUGGGCCGCACCAAGCUUGAAGUCAAGGUGGUCAUUAAGUCCAACUUCAAGCCCUCGCUUCUGGCUCAGAAAAUUGAGGUGCGCAUCCCCACUCCUCUCAACACCAGCGGGGUCCAGGUGAUCUGCAUGAAGGGCAAGGCCAAGUACAAGGCCAGCGAGAACGCCAUCGUCUGGAAGAUCAAGCGUAUGGCAGGGAUGAAGGAGUCUCAGAUCAGCGCCGAGAUCGAGCUGCUGCCCACCAACGACAAGAAGAAGUGGGCGCGCCCUCCCAUCUCCAUGAACUUUGAGGUGCCAUUUGCUCCGUCCGGGCUCAAGGUGCGCUACCUGAAGGUGUUCGAGCCCAAGCUGAACUACAGUGACCACGACGUCAUCAAAUGGGUGCGCUACAUCGGCCGCAGCGGCAUCUACGAGACACGCUGCUAACCGCCCCCUCGCGAUCGGGCAGAAAGAGCGGUGCAACAGGGAGGAGGGAGCGAAAGACAACAACAUGGGAUCAAGACGACAACAUGGGAUCGCUACCUUCCCAUCGAUUCUGUUUUUUCCCAUGCGCUGGCUGACAAAUGAAAACAAAUGUUAAAAAAACAGGACCAUGCUUUCAAAAGUGUUGAAAAUUAUGAAAUGAUUAAACACAUAAAUGUAUAGAUAAUGCAAACGUCCUGUGGAGUACAAAAAAUACCAUCUGCAUCUAAAGGGUCUUUGACCUCUUUUAAUCUCAACAAAAAAUCCAUUCCACCCCUAUGAAAUGUAGUUUCUUCAUAUAGUACUACUGAGCAGAGCAACAUGUGGCUUUAAUUUGACCAGAGCCCUAAGUUACAUUACCAUAGUUUUCUACAAUUCCUGUUCUACCCAUCUAUUCCUCAUGGCACUGAAUUAGUGGAUGACUACCCCUUGCCAAUAACCACAGAUCUGACCAUGUGUCAGAGGGGUAACUGCUGCCCUCCCUCUCUUGAUGCUGGUGUAGUAGUGUGUGUCGCUCUUCUGUUCUCCUGUCCUACCUCUCUCUCCCCAGCCCUGCCCCUGCCCCUGUAUCUGUAUAACCAACCGGUGGAGUCCCUCUUUAGCCUAGUGUGUAGUGUGCAGCAGUAUGCAGUGUAGAUGCAUCCAUUAAGUGUCAUGCCAUUUCCAAUACAUUUUAUACGUUGUGUUUUUGUAACACCCCGCCUUCCCUUUAGUAUAUUAGUGAUGAAUCGUCUUGUGUUUUUGUAUUUAGUGCUUUGUCGUGCUUCUCUAAAGCUCUCUGGCCCCCAUUCCAUCGCGCUUGCUGCCUUUUCCUACACUCAAGUCCUCUACUAUUUCCAAUAGCUGUGAGUUAGUGUCAUUGUCAUUUAUGAUACCUCUAUUUACGCAGAUAUAAUAAUGAAGAUGUUUUAUCUGUGGUUCCUGUCAUUUUCUGUCUGUGCUGCAGAGAUUCAUUCUGUGUGACCAAAAUUGUCAGUUUUAGGAACAAACAAAAUUCAUUGACAAACUGAACGGCAUACAUCUGUCUGAAUAUAAAUAUAUAUAAACACAUUUCUAUAUUGUAUGAAUCGAGCAGAGCCAGCUGUUACGGUCUCAAGAGUCUGCUGUUAGUGACGGUGUCUGUUUAAGAGACUCAGUUGAGCGGAUCUCUGCGUGUGUCUGUGUUGCUAUUCUUCCCCAGGACCAUGUUCUGCUCAACAUCUAUUAGGAGUCUGGAAUUCUGACCCUCCCAUACGCUUUACAUUAGCAUGGGUGUAUUUCUUGUCCAGUUAAAGGGAUAGUUCACUCAAAUUAUACUGGCAUUGGUUUCCUUAUCCUGUAAGCCAGUCCAUGGACAAGGUAUGACAACAACAUGCUUUGGUUUACUUUCCCUGGCACUGUUAUCACGUGCUAAUGUUUUAGCACAAAUCUCAUUCAAGUCAUGGGACCAAUAUUGGCAUUUGUCAUGCAUCAUGUUCAUACAUUUGGACAUGAUAAAUAAGAAUUUGUUCUUAACUGACUUGCCUAGUUAAAUAAAGGUUAAAUGAAGAAAAUAUGCAUAAAAAUGGCUAAUAUCGGUUCCAAGACUUCAAUGGGACUUGUGGCCCAAAUGCUAAAAUGUUAGCAUGUAGCAACGGUGCCAGGGAAACUAAACCAAAGCAUGACUUGUUCUCAUACCGUGUCCAAAGACCGCUUACAGGGUAAGAAAAGCAAAUCGUAAUUUGGGUGAACUAUCCUUUUAAGCUUCAAUAAACUGCUAUACUCCAUGUGCACUGACUUUCCACCACCCGUACAAAAAUAUUGUUUACAACUUCAUUUUGAAAUCCGUUUAAUGAAAGGGUUUGGAUUUAUGGCACAAUGGUGUGUGUUACCAGAGAUCGGGAGAUGGGCUGUGUCCCAAAUGGCUCCCUGUAUAGUACAUUACUUUUAGUCUCGAUCCCAAAUGGCUCCCUGUAUAGUACAUUACUUUUAGUCUCGAUCCCAAAUGGCUCCCUGUAUAUGUAUAGUACAUUACUUUUAGUCUCGAUCCCAAAUGGCGCCCUGAGUGCUCAACUCCUCUCAGCCUACUAGACUUAGACUGCUUGCAUUUCAAAUUACAAUUUUAAAACAUUCCACAUUUUCACUGAGUGUGGCUUGAGAUAGCAUUGCUCUUCCCAUAUUCCUUCUGCUUCCAUCAUGGCGUUUUGUGUGUAUUCAACAAAGGCUAUCAGAUUGUCUGAGCAGUUGCAACAAACACUGAGUGACACUACAAAGUUUCCAUUCUCUUUUUCUCUGUCACUACAUUCUACUAAUUAACACUAAAAUUUGUUCUGCUAACUUCUGAAAAACCCUAUCUCUCUGGCUGUCUGUAAUGGCACACUAUUCCCAAAACCCCAUGGGCCCUGGCCAAAAGUAGUGCACUAUAUAGGCAAUAGGGUGCCAUUUCAGACCUAGUCUCUUUCUCUGGUCAAUGCCCACUAUGUCAUGCCACACCCUGAGAGAUGGGGAGGGAGAGUCCUGGGGGCUUGCCCCCUCCGCUUCAAUGUUUCAAUGGGCUCCAUUUGGUAACUUUGUGACUGUCAAGGUAAUCCCAAUAAAAAGAAAGGUGUAACCAA